GGGGUCAAUCGACUGAAGAACAUUUCAUCCCGCAGCAGCGUAUUUCUCAGCACUAACUCAAACCCUCUCGUCCUCGAUAUCCAUCUCAUCUCACCUCCAUCUACUUCACAUAUACAUAUUCAGUCAAGAUGGCUCCGGAAAACCCAGACGCCGCGAUGCAAAUCGAACCCGCGACUACCGCGCCCGCGGCAGAGUACGAUCCAAAAACCGCUGAUCGAGCCGAGCCGUUUUACGUGCGUUACUACUCUGGCCAUGCCGGCAAGUUUGGCCAUGAGUUUCUCGAGUUUGAUUUCAGAGUACAAGGAGACGGGCGGAGCGCACUUGCGCGGUAUGCGAACAAUUCAAAUUACAGAAAUGAUUCCCUGAUUCGAAAAGAGAUGUCUGUUAGCGCACUCGUCGUCCAGCAACUAAAGCAAAUGAUAGUCGACGCCGAAAUCAUGAAAGAAGACGACUCCAAAUGGCCAGAAAAGAACGCAGACGGCAAGCAAGAACUCGAGAUCAGACUGGGAAACGAGCACAUCUCGUUCGAAACCUCGAAAAUCGGCUCGCUCAGCGAUGUCCAGAAAAGCGACGACCCUGAGGGAUUGCGGGUGUUUUACUAUCUCGUGCAGGAUCUCAAAGCGUUUGUGUUUUCACUUAUCGCGCUUCAUUUUAAGAUCAAACCAAUCCAAUAGUCUCUGAUCUAGAGCAACCGUAAAAGUGUGUACGAUAGAGCAAAAU